GAGAGAGAGAGAGAGAGAGAGAGAGAGAGAGAGAGAGACGCACAGAGAGAGAGAGAGAGAGAGAGAGAGAGAGAGAGAGAGAGAGAGAGAGAGAGAGAGAGAGAGAGAGAGAGAGAGAGAGACGCACAGAGAGAGAGAGAGAGAGAGAGAGAGAGAGAGAGAGAGAGAGAGAGAGAGAGAGAGACGCACAGAGAGAGAGAGAGAGAGAGAGAGAGAGAGAGAGAGAGAGAGAGAGAGAGAGAGAGAGAGAGAGAGAGAGAGAGAGAGAGAGAGAGAGAGAGAGAGAGACGCACAGAGAGAGAGAGAGAGAGAGAGAGAGAGAGAGAGAGAGAGAGACGCACAGAGAGAGAGAGAGAGAGAGACAGAGACACACACAGAGAGAGAGACGCACACAGAGAGAGAGAGAGAGAGAGAGAGAGAGAGAGAGAGAGAGAGAGAGAGAGAGAGAGAGAGAGAGAGAGAGAGAGAGAGAGAGAGAGAGAGAGAGAGAGAGAGAGAGAGAGAGAGAGAGAGAGAGAGACGCACAGAGAGAGAGAGAGAGAGAGAGAGAGAGAGAGAGAGACGCACAGAGAGAGAGAGAGAGAGAGACAGACGCACAGAGAGAGACGCACAGAGAGAGAGAGAGACGCACAGAGAGAGACGCACAGAGAGAGAGAGAGAGAGAGAGAGAGAGAGAGAGAGAGAGAGAGAGAGAGAGAGAGAGAGAGAGAGAGAGAGAGAGAGAGAGAGAGAGAGAGAGAGAGAGAGAGAGAGAGAGAGAGAGACAGAGAGAGAGAGAGAGAGAGAGAGAGAGAGAGAGAGAGAGAGAGAGAGAGAGAGAGAGAGAGAGAGAGAGAGAGAGAGAGAGAGAGAGAGAGAGAGAGAGAAAUAGAGACAGAGAGAGAGAGAAAUAGAGACAGAGAGAGGGAUAGAGAGAGAGAGAGAAAUAGAGACGGAGAGAGAGAGAGAAAUAGAGACAGAGAGAUAGAGAGAAAUAGAGACAGAGACAGAGACAGAGAGAGAGAGAGAGAGAGAGAGAGAGAGAGAGAGAGAGAGAGAGAGAGAGGAGAGAGAGAGAGAGAGAGAGAGAGAGAGAGAGAGAGAGAGAGAGAGAGAGAGAGAGAGAGAGAGAGAGAGAGA